AUGGCCGCAGCUAUGCUCGUCGGCGCAGUGGCGUGGGCGACGUUCGCCAACAGCAUUGGCAAUGGCUUUGCGUGGGACGACCGCGGUGCGAUCCUGACCAACGCCGACGUGCACAGCGACGUGACGCCGCUCUCGAACCUGCUGUGGCACGACUUUUGGGGCGGCGACAUGCACUCGCCCAUUAGCCACAAGAGCUUUCGCCCGCUCACGGUGCUCAGCUUUCGCUGCAACUAUGCCAUCAGCGGUCUAACUCCAUGGAGCUUCCAUGCGACCAAUGUCGCGCUCCACGCGAUCGCAUCGAUGCUCGUCGUCGUCGUCGGCCAGCGCCUGCAGCGGUCGUCACGCGUGCCGGUCCUCGGCGGCCUCCUCUUUGCCGUGCACCCGAUCCACUGCGACUCGGUGGCCAGCAUCGUUGGCCGCGCAGACAUCCUCGCCACCGUUUUCUCGCUCGCAGCGAUCCUGGCCUAUGUCCCGCGCGCGGCCAAGGCCACGCCGACACCGCGCCACGUGGCCAGCGCAAUGUUCUGGACACUCUGCGCUACUCUGUGCAAGGAAAAUGGUGCAACCACUUUUGGUAUUCUGCUCGUCCUCGAAUGCGCGCGGGCCCAUGAGGCGUCGCCGAGACGACUCGCCGCACUGACUGGGACGCUCGUGCUGCUCGUAUGUGUCCGCGUGGCCCUCAACGGCCGCCACACCCUCUACGUCUGGAGCAAGUACGAAAACGAGUUUGCAACCAUGCAAUGGGGCGUCUCCAAAUGGCUCACCAUCGCGCAUCUGCACGGCUGGUACCUCUUCAAGCUGCUAUGGCCUCAGCACCUGUGCUACGACUACGGCUACCAGACGCUGCCAGUCCUGGAUUCGAUCCUCGAUGCCCGCAACGGUCUCACGCUCGCCGCCUACGCUGCGCUCGCCUGCGUGCUCGUCUGCGCGAUUCGGUCGCCCUGGCCAUCGCCGCUGCGGGCGUACGUCGCCCUUGGCGUCUGCCCGUUCGUACCCGCCGCCAACGUUCUCUUUCCCGUUGGCACGGUGCUGGCCGAGCGGCUCUUGUACUUUCCCAGCGUCGGCUUUUGCCUCGUGCUUGGGCUUAUCCUCGAUGCGGCCACGGGCGUUGCCCGCGCCGUGAGUCGCAACCGCGAUUGGCACAGCGAGCACUCGCUCUUCGCGUCGGCGCUCACUGUGUCGCCGAGCAGCGUCAAAGUACUCACCAACGUCGCCAAAGAGCUCUUGGCGAGUGACCCGCCCCGCGCCGCCAUGUACCUCGAGCGCGCCGUCAUGUUGCUGCCGACGUACUCGCUCGCGCACCUCAACCUCGCGGCCGCGUACGGCAAGUACGACGCGGCAUUCGGGAAGCCGCUGCACUCGAUGCACCAUUUGAUCCAGAGUUGCGAGCUGGACCGGUCGUCGCUGGCGUACGCAUCGCUGGGUCUGCGUCUGGUCGAGUUUGUGGCUCGGCACGGCGACGCGAUUCCAGCUGCGCGACGACGCAACAUUCUCGAAAAAGCAGAAUCGUUUGUCUGGGAUGCGAUUGCGGUGACCCCGCUCGUGCCAUCGGCGUACUAUACGUUGGGCCUCGCCGCCUACUACCGCGACGCCUACGACGAGGCUCUUCAGUACGUUGCAACCGGUCCGAUCUUUUGGUCGUGA